AUGGGACUGGCUCUUGUCAGUCCCAGCGGGGAGCAGUUUGACUCGUUGCUCAGACAGCUCAGAGAGCGGAUGGAGGAGGGCUGUGGGGAGACUAUCUAUGUGGUGGGAGUCGGUUCAGACGGCGGUGAUUAUGGGCUGGAUGAAGUGGACAUGCAGUCCUCGGUUGCCACGGUAAUGUCUCUGUCGGAGCAGGUGGGCGCGGACAUGGUGCUGCUGCGGGACCGGCCCGAGGCGGGGGGGCGGGUGCGUGAUUACCUCAUCCGCAGACGCGUGGGCGAGGCCGACUUCCUCGAGGUCCGAGUGGCGGUGGUGGGGAACGUGGACGCCGGGAAGUCCACUCUGCUGGGGGUGCUGACCCACGGCGAGCUGGACAACGGCCGCGGCUUCGCCCGGCAGAAGCUGUUCCGUCACAAGCACGAGAUGGAGUCGGGGCGCACCAGCAGCGUGGGCAACGACAUCCUGGGGUUCGACCAGCGAGGGGGCGUGGUGAACCUGCCCGACGGGCACGGGGGCAGCCUGGACUGGACCAAGAUCUGCGAGAGGUCAGCCAAGGUGAUCACCUUCAUCGACCUGGCGGGCCACGAGAAGUACCUGAAAACCACUGUGUUCGGCAUGACUGGACACCUGCCAGACUUCUGCAUGCUGAUGGUUGGCAGUAACGCUGGCAUCGUUGGCAUGACGAAGGAGCACCUGGGGCUGGCGCUGGCCCUCAACGUGCCCGUGUUCGUGGUGGUCACAAAGAUAGACAUGUGCCCGGCCAACAUCCUGCAAGAGACUCUCAAGUUGUUGCAUCGUUUGCUCAAGUCUCCGGGCUGCAGGAAGAUUCCCGUCCUGGUUCAGAACACCGAUGAUGUCAUUGUCACGGCCUCCAACUUCAGCUCAGAGAGGAUGUGUCCGAUAUUCCAGAUCUCCAACGUGACCGGUGAGAACAUGGACCUUCUCAAGAUGUUCCUCAACCUGCUGUCCUCCAGGACCUCCUUCAGCGACGACGAACCUGCCGAGUUCCAGAUCGACGACACCUACUCUGUCCCGGGCGUGGGCACGGUGGUCUCUGGUACCACUCUGCGUGGGUUGAUUCGUCUCAAUGACGUGCUGCUGCUGGGUCCCGACCCCCUGGGGAAACGCAUGCCUGUGAAGGAAGUGCGGGGUGGGCAGACCGCCUCCUUUUCACUCAAGAAGAUCAAGCGCUCCUCUAUUCGGAAGGGCAUGGUGAUGGUCUCUCCCCGGCUCAACCCUCAGGCCUCCUGGGAGUUUGAGGCGGAGAUUCUGGUCCUUCAUCACCCGACAACCAUCAGCCCUCGCUACCAGGCCAUGGUUCACUGUGGCAGUAUCAGACAGACUGCCACUAUCCUGUCUAUGAACAGAGACUGCCUGCGUACUGGAGACAAGGCCAGCGUCCACUUCCGCUUCAUCAAGACCCCCGAAUACCUGCAUCGGGACCAGAGGCUGGUCUUCAGAGAGGGCAGGACCAAGGCAGUGGGCACCAUCGUCAAGUUGCUUCAGUCCGCCAACACCUCCCCAUCGAACUCCAAACCACAGCAAAUCAAAAUGCAGCCCAGCAAAAAGAGCCACGCCUUCCCGGCCAGGAGAGAGGAGGGGCCUGGCGCCGGGGGCGGAGCCAGCACCGAGGACACUCCCUCUGCACAGCCAGGCUCCGCCCGGCCGGCCAGCCCAGAGACCAACACAGCGGCGCCAAAGAGUGGAGGAGGCGGCAGGAGAAGAGGAGGCCAGCGGCAUAAAGCAAAGUCCCUGAGCAGUGCCCCCACAGCGCCCCCUGCAGGUGGAGGAAUUAAUUAA